CCCAGUCGCCUCUCAUGCUUAAGAGUCUCUUCAUCGUUACUUGCCUCCUCAUCUUAGGCGUCCACGCCUUACCUGCGGAACUGUCCAACGCUACGGCGACAUGGAACGUUACCGCAACAAAGAUAGUGGAACGCGCUGGACCUACCUUCACACUUAACUAUCUGACCUACCCUGAAUCGUCCGAGAACAUCUGCUAUUCCUGGUUCUGUAACAACGGGCCUCGCUCUGUAGCUCCUGCCCGCCCCAGCGCCUCUGCUCAUCGUGCCAGCAACAGUUGUGGUAACGUUAACCCCAACCGGUGCAGCGUCCGUGCGGGUCAUCUCCCCGGGUUCCAGUGCGAUGAAUGGCCUUGGGCAAACUCCAAUGCCGGAGGUGCCAGUGCCGCUACUAGGUGCAUUCCCACUGCGGAUAAUACCGGAUCUGGUGCGCAAUGGGGUAAUUUCAUCAAUAACAGAGGCUCUCAGGCUGUUGGAUACGUUUUACAAGAUAAUGUUGAUUUUGCGGAAAUCCAGAUUAGCAAUGUCCCAAUAACUGCACAGUUCUGUUUGGGAGUGCGUGGAACGACUAUCACUCCGGCGAUGUGUAACUCCGUUGCUAGUGGUCAGCCAUUUUUGCAAAGGAUUGGUUGAGCAUAACUCCUGUGAUUACCACAAUUUGAUACUUGCGCUGCUUCGGAUAUCUAGCGCCAAUUUUCGUUCUUACCCUCUUAUAAACCUACACAUCUCUGACGUAUCGACGAAUAUGGAUUGAAUAUAAAUAAGAAUGUUUUGUUGAAUUGAACUAACACGCGAUUAUGCAAACCUUAUAGGAACAGGAGCAGC